GCGCCACGUGGAAUAGAGGAGAAAAAUGGUUGGGCAAGGAUUCCGAUUACAACCUGGCGUCAUUCCGCGUAUUCUGCUCGCACGCAAACCAAUUGCCAUGUCCAUUCGCUUUUUUUCUUCUUUUCUUUUCCCAUCUCUCAGGAGUUGGGUGGUCACCGGAGGCACAGGUGCCACAAUCUCCGCCUUAGCAAAUCCCUGCACGUGCUUGUCUAUCAGUAUCAGAUUUCACCGCAACCUCCGUGUUGUGCGCUGAACGGCCCUUUGGCUGACACUGACAUCUCGCUCUGAAUCUGAUAUUAUUUAGGAAUAGGGCCGCGUCCAGAUUGACGCACGGUACACCUGUCUCUUCUUGCCUGCCACCACUGUCGUUAUAAUGGCCACCAAUGCAACCUCUCACAACCAGUCAGACGACCCCGUCGAACUCAUUUUUCUCGGAACGGGCACUUCGUCCAGCUUACCGCAUGUGGAUUGCUUGACUGCUCCUCCAGGCGCAAAACCAUGUCGUACUUGUCUUUCCACCUUGAAGCCGGAGGGCAAGAAGAACAUCCGACGGAAUACGUCCGUGGCGAUGAGGAUUCCUGGCAAAGAUGGAAAGAAGAUAACUGUUAUUAUAGACGUUGGGAAGAGCUUCCAAGCUGCUGCUGUGGAAUGGUUCCCCAAGUACGGGCUGCGUCGUAUAGAUGCAGUCCUCAUAACGCAUGCCCAUGCUGAUGCUAUGAAUGGUCUAGACGACCUCCGCGGGUGGACUCUGCGCAGUUCUAUACAGUCUCAUGUAGAUCUAUACGUCUCGCAAGCUACCUUUAAAGAGGUACAACGAGCGUUCCCUUAUCUAGUGGCCAAGGAAUAUGCAUCCGGAGGAGGCGAUGUUCCCGAAUUCAAAUGGCACAUUAUUGAAGAUAGAGUCCCAUUCGAAAUCGAAGACACCGGUGUUUUCAUUAAGCCAUUCUCAGUACACCAUGGCCGAAUAUUCUCAACUGCUCCUCCCGUAGAAUUCAUGCCAUCGCCAUGGUCUGGGUCACCCACCUCCACAACUGCUUCAACGCCCAAUCCACCUGGCUCACCCGUUCACCCAGGUUGUCAUACACCACUACAACCUGGUGCUCUUGCUCCUACAACAGACCUAACGAAGCCUAUCCAACCUUAUUUGUGUUUCGGAUUCGUUAUUCAAGAAAGCGUGGUAUAUAUCUCGGAUGUCUCUCGUAUUCCAGAGGAUGUCUGGAACUUCCUCCUUCCCAAUACUCCCACCAUUACACAUGGCACAAAUGGCACAAACGGCCUAAAUGGUGUAAAUGGUACCGAUACCCAUGGUCAUAAUGCUAUCGAUGAUCAACGUCCGAAUCCGACAGGCCCGCCGGUAUUAGUUCUGGAUUGCCUUUGUCUGGAGACACAUUCUUCUCAUCUCGGCUUUCGUGAUUCCGUAGCCUAUGCUCGACGAUUCGACUCUCAGCGGACUUACCUUACUGGCUUUGGACACGAGGUUUCACACGAAGAGUAUGUCAUACUUGGAGAAGCGGUUGAGGGGAAGUUUCCGCCGCCCAAUGCCGAGUUGACGGAGAAUGAGAGCAAGGGUUUACGGCUUGUUGGGGAGGGAAAGCAAAUUUGGGUGAGACCCGCUUACGAUGGGUUGAAAGUGCUGGUGAAUAAAGAUGGUGUGGCUAGAGAUGAAGGGUAUAAUUGAAUAAAACUAAUCCUUCCGGGAUGUAAUGUGUUUUCCUAGCUGUAUACCCAGGUAAAUUGAUACGUAUGUGUAUGAACUAUAGCGUAGUUUGGGUUCACGGUCCAUGGUAGCAAUAUUAAUCCAAGCAUUCAGUCUUGGGAGAGCUUACUUACCUCACUAUGAACAGUAUAUAUAUUU